CCUCCGUCCCGCCCCCCCCGCCCUGCGCGCGCGCGGCGGCGUCCUCCUCCUCCUCCUCCUCGUCGUCGUCGUAUUUGAAGCGGGCUUCCGCCAUCUUUCCAUCGCUCCGUGAGGCGGCCGCCCAGACGCUUCUGGAAGGAACCGUCUACCAUGGCUGCUCAAGGAGAGCCCCAAGUGCAGUUUAAGCUUGUGCUGGUUGGCGAUGGGGGUACCGGAAAGACCACGUUUGUAAAGCGCCACUUGACUGGUGAAUUUGAGAAGAAGUAUGUAGCUACUUUGGGUGUGGAGGUUCACCCUCUGGUGUUCCAUACUAACAGAGGGCCUAUCAAAUUCAAUGUGUGGGAUACAGCCGGGCAGGAGAAGUUUGGUGGUCUGAGAGAUGGCUAUUACAUCCAAGCUCAGUGUGCCAUUAUCAUGUUUGAUGUUACUUCAAGAGUUACUUACAAGAACGUACCCAACUGGCACAGAGAUCUGGUACGGGUAUGCGAAAACAUCCCAAUAGUCUUGUGUGGCAACAAAGUGGAUAUCAAGGACAGGAAAGUCAAAGCAAAAUCCAUCGUCUUCCAUCGGAAGAAGAAUCUCCAGUACUAUGAUAUUUCUGCCAAAAGUAACUACAACUUUGAGAAGCCCUUCCUUUGGCUCGCUAGAAAGCUAAUUGGCGAUCCCAAUUUGGAGUUUGUUGCCAUGCCUGCGCUUGCACCACCAGAAGUUGUCAUGGACCCAGCACUGGCGGCACAGUACGAGCAGGACUUACAGAUUGCUCAGACAACCGCUCUCCCCGAUGAAGAUGACGACCUGUGAGGAAUUGAAGCUGGAGCCCAGCGUCAGAAGUCUAGUUUUAUAGGCAACUGUCCUGUGAUGUCAGUGGUGCAGCGUGUUUGCCACUUUAUUAUAUAGCUGAGCAGAACAUGUGCUUAAUCUUUGGGAUGCUGAAGGAGAUGAAUGGGCUUCGGAGUGAAUGUGGCAGUUUAAAAAAAAAAAAAAUAUUCCUUCAUAUUUUGGACCUGCGUAUUUAGCUGUUUUUGGACUGCAAUUACUUUCCCCUUGAGUUUCAACUGUAAGACUGCUGCAGUCACAUCACAAUAUUCUGUGGUGAAUCUUGUUUGUUACUGUCAUUCCCAUUCCUUUUUCGUUUAGAUCAUAAUAAAGUUGUAUUUGAAAUAUCUAAGCAAGUGAACUUUUAUCCAUUACCAGUAUUUUUAAAACUGUCUAGGAUGGUAUGAGAUGUUACACCGUAGUCUUAAAGUACUUUUACAUCCUGUCAUUUCACUUGGUAUAAUUUGAUUUUUCUCAUUCCUAAUAAUCCAGCUGGCGUAUUCUGUACAUCAGAAAACAAAGCUAAUAGCUAAAGGGUGGCUGCUUAAAAGCUGCUCACCUGCCUUCGAGUAGAUGGUGACAGCUUGGCCAAGCCGUUAACUGUGAAAGAACCAACCCCUCUAGCAGUUACUAUGCCAAAAUGAUAUUUCAGAUGCCCAAUAGAUCGCUCCUCUGGAAAGCUGAGCGUUGGAAGGGAGUACAUGAACCGUGUACCCUUUGCCAAUCGGCUGCUAGAAUAAAACUUGGAAUUUUAUGUGACUAUAUCUUGGAUGCUGCUUAACUUGUAUUUUAUUAAUUACCCUGGGAGGCCAAAAAAGGAACGUUUGAGGUGGGAUACCUGGAAAGGGAGUUUUACUUUCGGUGUUCAACCGGGCAGUGGUAACCGAGAAAAUGGCCUUAUUGAACUAUAUUUAAAAAAUACGCAGUUUAAACUUGAGGACGCUAGUCUUGUUUUGGCCUAAACCUAGUCAUUGAAAACUGAAAAAAGAAAAAAAAAAAGCAUUCAAGCUUGCUGUAGUCUUGCAUGAGGUUCAUAAGUAGAUAAAUGAAACUCAAAACUUGCGACUGUGGAUUUGGAAAGCUGUAUGCUAAAUUCGAGUCAAAUGACCCUGACUAUAAUAUGGACCAUUGUAACAUUUUUCAGCAACGCGGUAACCGAAGAUGAAGCCUUGGAACAUCAGUUCUGUACUUUGGGUUCCAGAAUAAAGUGAAACAUUCUUCA